AUGGAACGAUCCGUCGCAUACAUCCGCAACUCGCUGCGCUAUGGUUCCCCCGAAAUGGAGAAAAUCCGUACUUGUGCGCUUGAAAACAAAAUCAACGUCGUCUUGGGUUUCUCUGAAAAUUACCAUGGAUCUCUCUACAUCGCCCAGUGUAUCAUAACCGACACUGGAGAGAUCAAGGCGAAGCGGCGCAAGCUUAAACCCACGCAUAUGGAGCGUACCGUCUUUGGUGAUUGCACGGGCGAUUCAUUGUUAAAUGUGGUUGAUACAAGUGUUGGACGCGUGGGCGCGUUGUCGUGCUGGGAGCAUAUUAAUCCGUUGUUGAAGUAUCAUACUUAUCAUCAGCGGGAAUUGUUUCAUGUGGCUGCGUGGCCGCCGGUGCAUCAUCAUUCCGGGGGAUCGGAGUUUUUUAGCAUGUCGCUGGAAGGAACUCGCAUUCUCGCCCAGACAUAUGCCAUCGAGUCGUCAACUUUCGUAAUCCAUACAACAGCCCUCAUAGCCGAAAAGGGCAUCAAAGCGAUGGGCACCGGCGAAGGUACAUUAAUGAAUAUCCCAGGAGGCGGAUCAUCUGCAAUUUUUGGCCCCGAUGGCCGACAACUCACGGAAGACCUCCCUGAGGACGAGGAGAAUCUUGUUAUCGCCGAAGUAAGCCCGGACAAGGUACUCGAGACUAGAUGUUUCGUCGACUCGUGUGGCCACUACAGUCGGCCGGAUCUGCUUUGGCUGGGCGUUGAUUUGGAAGCGAAGAAGCACGUGCGGGGUGUGUAG